GCUGGAGGCAAGCAGGAAGAGGCGGGAAUGCGACUGCGCAUUUUGAGGUGGGGUACAUGCUGUGACAAGAGGCGGUUACGAGCCGUCGGCCGCGACACCAGCCCGGAGCGCAGAGAGUGGGGCCUGUGGAGCAGACAGGCAACCCCGCGGAAACAGCCCCAGAUGGGAGGCUUCGGCUUUUUAAUCGAUGCCUGGACUAAGUUGUAGGUUUUACCAGCAUAAGUUUCCAGAAGUAGAAGAUGUGGUCAUGGUCAAUGUCCGGUCCAUUGCAGAAAUGGGAGCCUAUGUUAGCCUACUGGAAUAUAACAAUAUUGAGGGCAUGAUUUUACUCAGUGAGCUGUCCAGGAGACGUAUCCGUUCUAUAAACAAACUCAUCCGAAUUGGAAGAAAUGAAUGUGUUGUUGUCAUAAGGGUUGAUAAAGAGAAAGGUUAUAUUGACUUGUCAAAAAGAAGAGUUUCCCCAGAAGAGGCAAUAAAAUGCGAAGAUAAAUUCACCAAAUCAAAAACAGUUUACAGCAUCCUUCGCCAUGUUGCUGAGGUUUUGGAAUACACAAAGGAUGAACAACUGGAGAGCCUGUUUCAGAGAACUGCUUGGGUAUUUGAUGACAAGUAUAAAAGGCCUGGAUAUGGUGCAUACGAUGCCUUCAAGCAUGCAGUUUCGGAUCCUGCAAUCCUUGAUGGACUAGAUCUGACAGAAGAUGAGAAGCGUGUGUUAAUUGAUAAUAUCAAUAGGCGUCUGACACCACAAGCAGUCAAAAUUCGAGCAGAUAUCGAAGUUGCAUGUUAUGGGUACGAGGGUAUUGAUGCAGUGAAAGAAGCUCUGAGGGCUGGCCUGUGCUGUUCUACAGAGAGCAUGCCCAUCAAAAUAAAUCUGAUAGCUCCUCCUCGAUAUGUGAUGACCACUACAACACUGGAGAGGACUGAAGGCCUUUCUGUCCUUAGCCAAGCCAUGGCUGUUAUCAAAGAAAAGAUAGAAGAGAAGAGGGGAGUCUUCAAUGUGCAGAUGGAACCCAAGGUGGUUACUGACACUGAUGAGACGGAGCUUGCAAGGCAGCUAGAAAGGUUGGAGCGUGAGAAUGCUGAAGUGGAUGGAGAUGAUGAUGCUGAGGAGAUGGAAGCAAAAACUGAAGACUAAAUUUCACAGGAUUAAAGUAAAGGGUAGCAAUUAUACAAAUACACAGCAGCCGGUGAAGACACCUUUGACUGAUAAGGUGUUCGAUACUGAAAACUCCAUAAGAAAAGACUGAAAUAUUUUCAAGUUUUAAUGAGACCAAAUUCUGAAGAGACAAGAAACCAUCUGCUAUCUGUUGCAAAGUGCUGCUUAACUUUCUCAAAGGGAAGGUGCCUCUCCCUGAAGAUGUAAUUCCCUUCCCCCCAAUAAAACCAGGCAUUGUUUGAAGGCUGUCUUUACUAUAUUCAUAUCUAACAAAUACAGAUUGGCAGCCAUUCAGUAUGUCUGUCAGUGAGGUUUCUGGAAAUUAAACCAUUAUUCCUCUACAGGCUGUACUUGGCAAAUAUUCAAUAAAUUUCUUGGAUAUUUA